AUGGGGUUGUUUGGCUUGAAAGUUGGUGGUAAUAGACAACAUCACUCACACGAGCAGCAUCAACAACUGAUGCAGCAGCUGAAACCGCAACAACCGUUGGGGUUGACCUCAGAUUUCCAUCAAAAUCAUUUAUUGCAUCCCCAACAUCAUCAGAGUCUACCACCUCCAAAGGUAAACCAUUUGCAUAAAAAAUCCGAAACAACAAAUUCAUAUACUGAAAGCGAGUUUCUGUCAACUGGAUCCUCGUCGUCGUACACUUCAACCGAAUCGAUUGGGUAUCAUCCACAUCCUCAUCAUUCCAAGCCGUCAGUGUCACCAAAACCAGUUAAGAAGGUGCCGGUCUCAUUGAGGCCUAACUUGGAUAUGUUACUGGGGGUUAGCCAGUCCAGUGAAGUAAAGCUUGGCACUAUGCCAAAUAGCUCUCAGGAUGAUGCCGGACUGAAUUCACAAUUUCCGCAAAAUCGUCAAUCACAUCCUCCACCCAUUGCUCCUGCGCAGCAACCAGGCAGGUACAACAUCAAUGGAAGCCCUCAAGCACAUAGAAGCAAAGAGCAGUUGGCUAACUUACCAAAACAGCGCACUGCUCCAAGUAAAUCAGCUCAAGCGCAAACUCCAGAGAGACAACAUUAUACCAAGCCGAUAACACCUGAGAAUAGAUCUUAUCAAGAUGUUGGUUUAAAUAUCACUCCGACGUUUGGUAUAUCUGCCAAUGUGAGUCAACAAUCACUACCAAGAAAUAGACAAGGUGGUGAGGUUAAUACGUCUAAACCAAACACACUGAAAAGACCAUCUCUUCAAGACAAAGUAGUGCAACCAACACAACAAAGUGGCUCACAAUAUAAUCAAAGCAUGUAUUUUGGCCAUCAACAACCUCCAACAGGCGCAGGUGUGACACCUCCGAGUACAAUGGGACCAGGUGGAGCUGCACAAAUAGCGAGAGAAGACAACGAUGACAACGAAGAUAUAUCUUCUGAAGGUGAUAGUUCUGAGACGACAAGCUCCGAUUCCUUCCAGCCAACACAGCACCCUUACUACGAGCAGUGGAAGCAAUAUUACCAAGCUCUUGCAAUGCAGCAACAACAGCAACAACAGCAACAACAGCAACAGCAACAAUUGCAAAGAAACUCAAUGUAUUUUCAGGAUAACCAACAAUUUGCAUCUCACUAUAACUACAUGAUUCCAUACGGGUAUCCUCAAAUGCCGAUGUCAUAUCCUAUUAACGGAAUGAGCCAUGUGACACAGUCACAGCAGAAUCUACCACCAGAACAGCAACACCACUUCAAUCAGGAAACUCUGCCUCAAGCAAUGCAGAUGCUGCAACUGCAGCAAUCACUUGCAAAGGAACAAAAAAGACAAAGUUUACAAAUUCACCAGUCACAAUCACUCCAAAGCAUCAACACGCAGCCUCAAGAUCAUACAACAAGCUAUGACAUCCGUGAGUCUAGCCAACCUCAUUCUACGCAUCCACCGCAUGACUACUUGGAAGCAUAUCAACGAGCCAAAAACGUAACCGUUGACAGUGUAGGUGAAAACAGUGAACUUGUGAGGAACUCACGCAAGUCUACCAUCAAGUCAAACCGAUCAAUUUCUGAGCCUCAACACGCACUCAAACAACUUGGUGGUGGUCAUAGAAUUGCAUCUUUAGAGUCCAAUUUCAAACCAAAAUCAUACAAUGUACAUAGCGAUGAUGAGGAUGAUGAAGUGGUUGAGGAGCCGCCAGUUAGGGUAAACGACUUUGGAGCAGUGCAAGACCACACUAUGGAAGUCAAUCGAGCAAUGUCUAAUUUGGCGUUGAGCGUUGACAAGGAUAAUUCAGUUGUAUCCAGGCAGAUUUCCGAUUAUACAAAGUUUUUGUUUGAAGAUGAUGAGACAAGUGAGCAAGAAGGAGGAAGCAGUGCAAACGAAGAAGGCGAAUCUUUGCAUGAUGAACACAAUGAGACUAUAAUUGCUGACCAAGCACCAUUACCUGUUUCCAAUAAUCACACAACAAUGACCUUAAACAGAAAAGACACCACCUCUUCGGAAGAGUCUUACAAUUCCAUCCAAAAUGAAGAGCAUUUCCAGGUGGCUGCUCACCCAUCAUCGUCAGCUACUUCCAAGCUGUCGCCAAGAACGCCACUGGGUCAAAGACAAGGAAAUAAACCACAGGUGCAACACAACGGAUCACCAUCAGCCAUACCACAUGAGAAACAACCUCCAUUUCCACCCAUGACACAGCCAUGGCAACUGCAAGCAAGUCUAGGUAUGGAAAACACCAACAAUAUGUCCAUGCCUGAUUUAAACAUGAUGCUGCUGCCACCACACCCAUCAACGUCUAAUCAAAUGAUGCAAAUGCAAAUGCAAACGCAAACGCCCAUGAAUAUGCCACCACAUAUGAUGAUGCCAUACAACAAUAUGAAUAUGAUGGGGAUGAACAUGGGGAUGGGAAUGAAUAUGGGAAUGGGCAUGAAUCCAAUGAUGUACCAAAACGGUGGUGCGCAUCCAGGCAUGAACCGUCAUAGUAUGAUGAUGACGAUGAUGCAACCCCAGGACUCGAGACGUCAGUCGAUGAUGAUGUAUGACAACAUGGCCCGUGCCAAUAAACGUAAUAGUAUGCCUCCCAUUGGAUGGGGUGGUGCCAAACAAUAUCAUCCCAAAUUGGAUUCUGAAACUCGAAAGAAGGUCAAGGAGUUUAAGAAAUUGCGUGGUGAUAUUGCAUCAGGUAAAAAGACAAUGGAGUAUCGCUUACUUUGGACUAAGAUGUUGAUCACAGCGACCAAUUCGAAAUUGUACAAUUACAUCAAUAUCAAAGGUGAUUUUAUUCCUCAACAAUCACAACCACAGCAUAUUGAAAAUAAUAAGCAAGCAUUUAUUAAAGCGUCGGUGACUCAUAUCAUGAAAAUUGUCAACGAGAUUGAAUCCGGUGCUGGUGACAUCAAGACAAGUUUGAAAUGCAAAGCAUACUUCAUCUAUGCAUGUUUAUUGAAAAAUGAUUUUGUUGAAUCUUACGAACAAGAUUUUGGAAUUGGAAAGAACAUAGCAGGAGCAAUCAAGUACUUCAACAAAGCUCUUGAUUUGAAUCGCCGUGAUCCUCGUGUGUUGUUUAAAUUGGGCGAGGUCUACGAACGCGAUGUGAGUGAUGAGGAAAUGGCCAAUAUCGCACUUGCCAAUGGUGGGAUUGACGACGUUACCAUUGCUGUUGAUAAAGCAAUUGAUUACUACACCAGUUCGGCUCAGUACGGUUAUGAACGAGCUGAGGAAAAAUUGGCUAAAUUUGGAAUCACCAUAGAAUCUAUAUAG